CCGUCUCCUUUGGUCCACUCAUAUCUACGCCUACCUAUCGUCUACCCAGCUAUCCUAUAGUGUUGAGCCUAUUUCAAAUAAUGUAACCUAUUCAAUUAAAUAUAAUAAUCAUCACAUUUAAGUAUGUCAGUAUGUUUCUUUGGAUACUUUUGAACAAUAGUUUUCUUCCUUAAGCAUGUAUAGACUUUCAACUGAAGCCAUUUCUUCAUUAUUUGAAAUUGUAAAACAAAACAAAACCCCUUUUUGAACGCGAUGCUAGAGGCACUUUGAGUGUCUUCCUCUCCUUUCCUCUUUCUCCAAAUCUGAGAAAAUGUGUAGGCUGAGUUGUAUGGCUAUGGUGUUAAGUGGUUUCUUCUUAAAUAUUAUUUAGGAAGGCCAUUAGAGACGUAAAAGGAAGAGAUGUUGAGUUUGUUCUCCCCAUGUUAAAAGCUUGUUAUGUGUUCCCAACCCUGAGAACAGUACACCAACCCAAACGGACAGCAUGUACCUUCUCUAAAUCACAUACUUAGCCUCCCUUCACCUCUCUGUAUCUCUCUCUGGCUCUCCCUAUUUUCCUGGCCCUAACUUUAAUUUGGUGGCGUUGUAAUGAUAGGUGUUACUUUCACAAACAACCAAACCAUUUUCACACACCCCACCCUGAAUUCUUGUGAAUAAUCUUUUGUAAAGAAUAAACUCAGAGCUUUGAGCCAAAAACAGGUGGGCCUACCUCCCCAAUGCAGUAAUAAGGAGUAUUUGAAUGUAUUGUAAAAGUUUAUUCAGAGUUAUAUGGUGAUCUGUUCAAAAUCAGCUGACAAUCAUAGCCAGUGAUUCACGUAGGUGAACGUUAAACUUUUGAGAGCGGCCUCAGACAUAUAAAAUCUGUUGACGAUUAUGGAGGAGAUUAAUCUCUACACAGUUUUUAUGUGUGUCCAUGUUUGUCUCUCGAGUGUCCAUGUGGGUCUGGUGGUCUCUGUGUGUGUGUUUGUGUCCAUACGUGUCUGUCUAUGUCUGUGUGUGUGUGUGCGUGUGUGCGUGUGCUUGUAUACAUGCGUGUCUUUGUCCAUGUGCGUGCACGUGUAUGUUAAUUCCAUGUUAUGUGUGUGUGCGUGCGUGCAACAGAAGGCACCAGAGGGGAUCAAGAUGCUUGGCUAUGGUUAUCUACCGGUCCAGGGGUCAGUCAGUCUGUCUGUCUGUCCAUCCGGUGAAGAGGAAUGUAGCCAGAUGAUCGUGAGCCCGGGUGCCACUGCGCCCUGCUUCCAUAAAUCCAUAAAUGCCAGGCAGGAAUUGCUGUGCCAUGGAAAUUCCCACUUCACUAACCCUGAAUCCCAUCCCGAGAAGCUAGAACUGGCAUUUAGAUCAGGAUUGGUAAAGGAUUGUGUAAUUAAAGAGGAGCUUAAAACAAAAUACGAGGUUGAGCACUUUUCUAGUCAUGCAGGCACGCGUUUGUCCAUAACCCAUGAUUAAACUGACCCUUUUCAUUUUUGCACUUCACCACAGGAGCUGUAUUAAAAUACAUUUUUGAGUUGACAGACACCUAUGUAUUCAACUAUAUGUAUUAUGGUCAAUGUAAGGAAUAGGAUUGAAAGUAUAGGGUAUAAAAUUGUUUUUAGAAUGGGUGGCGUGUUAUUGUAGAAGGUUUAAUGUUGGGUCACAAUUCUCACUGGAUAUAGAUUAGUGGAACUACGUUGGAUCGUAACAAGUGCAAAGAAUUUUUUUCAAUUGACUCAGCAUACCUUUUCGAUAGAGGAAGUGAAAGAGAGCUGCAUGAGCUAUGUCCCAAGCCGUUGUGGCUGAGACAGGGUGAAAGAUCAGGCGAUGCUUCCAUUCCUAUGUCUUUGUUAAAGGACUUUGGUUCUUAUAGGACACUUUGAAAAACAAAAUGUGUAUUUGCUUUCCCUGAGCAAACACCCAGAACCAUCUUACCUUAUUUAGCAUGUAGUUCUUACAUUCUACAUUUAUACAUUCUUGUACAAAUACACAUUUGUUUAGGUAGGCAAGCAGGCGUUACACAUUUAGACUAAAGUGCAUGAGGUUUUGGUUAACAUUUGUUUAACAUUCCAACAUUCCCAUCCAUCUUUCCAGGAUGGAGAUCCAAUCGGAAAGUGGAAUCAGUGACCCAGUCCUCCAAUAAACUUAGAAUAGUAUUUUACAGUAAACAUUUUUCUAUAAUGGUUCACCACCUCCAGGUAGCCUAUCUUUAGUGUAUUUUUAGGAAGAAAAGGGCGAAGGAGUACAACGCUUUAUUAAGUGCGUCACACACAUGUUAUUUUUUUUACUUUUUUACUUUCUAACUUCUUAGUUUGUCUAACAUUUAAACAUACUUUCUUUAAAAUAGGUUUGGUUCUUUUUUACUUUUGUUCACGUGCUUUUGCCCCCAAAUAGCCUUAGCCUUAAACAGUAAUUAUCUAAAUCCUUGGUCUUUGUUUGACAAAUAGAAAUUACAAAUUGUUUUGGUUGUGCCGAUGUUGAUGUGAAGGGGUUUAUGACCGUUGUACCUGUUGGAGCCUGCAUGUUUAAAUGAAUAUCUCUAGAAGAUGACAUGUAGCUGUUGGCGUAAGACGAUAUUAUUAUGUGUCAUGUGGUGUUUGCUCAUACGUUUCAUUGCAGAUAUUGCCUAUGGUGCUUAUUACCCAAAGGAAAAUUCAUUGAAACAAACUUUUAAAGUAGUCCAAUCCUCUAAAGUGCUUCUGUCUCAUAAAACUGAUGAAGGUGUUGAGGUUAGAAGUUAACAGCUGGCUGAUUUUAAAUGACUCAUUUAAUAGCCAACAAAUUCCAUCAACAGGAAAAGGAAUCCUCCCUCUGUCGUUAAAUGUAUUUGUUACUUGACAAAUGAAUUAAAUGAUGCACAUAAAAGACCUGAAUGUCCUUUGAUCAUGAAAAUAACAUGAAUCAUGGCAUUUAAUUGAUUAAUCAAAUCAAAAAUCUUAAUUUUAAAAGCUAGUUUCUUAAUUGUAUCUCAGGAUUUACUCCAUGAGUCCAGGCUGAAACCUCAAUGUGAAAAAACAUCAAGAUGAGUCCUCUUUCUGGGGAGCUGUGCUCAAGCCUCUUCAAAAUAAGUGUUUUUCUUAGGGGGUGGUGUGGUGAGGGAGUGCUUAGGACAUCCAAAGUAUUUCAAUAGAUGUUUGGCCACUGAUGGCGCCGGUCCCGAACCCCGUGUAGGCGCCCACAUUGCAACCAAAGAGACAAUCCUCAAGGGUGGCCCAUGUGAACAGGGUGAACUCUGCUUUUGUUUCAUCACUUGCGUUGCCACGGUGGUGCACAUGACAGGGCCGCCACCACAGCUGGAUAGCCCCUCCACGAUGGAUGACUCUCGGCUCAAUGCAGUCCUCUCCUUAACCUCUAUGAACGGCGUGUGGAGCGGAGACAGGCGAGGAGCUACAAUGCCGACCUGCUGGUAUACUGUUCCACUGUGGAAAAACAUAGCCUGUGUGGUGACAUCAUGGCAACCCAAGGACAGGCCGGAGUAGGAAGUAAUACCAUGCGCUGAGACAAAGAGAGGGAGAGAGACGGCUCCACCACCAGCUAGUCUACAUAUCAGUCUUGCCCCCUCCCCCUCCCCCUCACCAGCCACCGCGACCACCAUAAUGAGAACAUUGUCUAUACUGUAUAAUAAGUGAGAACCUCUUGUCGUAAAUCAGCCAUUUGCUUGACGUUAAUGGCCACCUCCAUGUAAGCCAAACAGAGGGUAUGGUUGUCCCUAUCGCGUCGCUGAGAUGUACGUGCACAUUAUCUGCUGGUCCUCCCGAGUGUCUGAUGGCUAAUAGAGUGUAAUUACCUCAAACCGUUUUUGCAGGCUCAGUUCUUUUGAAUGGUGUUUCACCGCCUUUGGAUCGUAAUGAAACGUGCACUACGACUAGGUGCAUCGUCUCCGGCUUACCACGCUAAGUAGUUCUGAAUUUGAAAUAAAUGGAAGCACGCACGUGAUGGGGAAACACGUCUCUAUUGGCGUUGGAAUGGCAGUGUUUUUGUCUGCUCUAUCUACCUAUGUUAUUACAGGGUUAUCAACCUGGGCCUUUAGUCUUUGUUUGACCUGCGUUUACACUCCUUAAGCGUCCUAUCGCAGGGCCCGGUCAGCCGUUUUGCAGCGCUGCUGGAAUCAAGUUUCAGUGACCAACUCGAGGGCAUUUAAGUCGGGCAGAACCAUUUUGGUAAAUGGUAAAAAAAAUAAGAAGAAAAAGUUUAAACCUACAUGCCUUUUAAUCCAGGGAUGUGUGUGGUUGUAGAAGGCUUGAGUAGCUUUGGUAUGAUAUGGUUUCCAACUGACAGAAAUCUGAACAAUGUGCCAACAAGUUGGUUUGACCAAAAUGUAUUUCAGUUCAUACAAUAUCUGGAUCAUUUUUAGCCUUCGAUGAUUGCAGAGCAUUGUACAUAAGAAGGAGUUCUCUUGAAUUGUAGAGAGUUAAAAGUGGGUUAUAAUGUAUGCAUGAACAGCUGCCAUUUCUUCAACUGCCCGCCGACUAAGGGUGAGCCCUAAUGGCCUAAUUGGCUUAUCUUUGGAUGCAAAUGUAAUAUUACUUCUCUUACUCUAUCUUACCCUGAUAUCCUUCCCUGAUAUCCUUCUCUAGAGAGUCUCUAGUCUGGGAUCGAUCCGUUUCACGCUGUGCGAACAAGUUUGACAUAUUGACUAGAUUUCAUACAGUUAGUUUAUUGUUAUACCACAUUGUAUAACACCUGUUAGAGCAUACAGUUUAUUAUUAUACCACGUUGUAGUAUACUCAGAUGGGAGCUUCCAGGGUGGCAUCCUAGCUGGCAAACGUAUGAUUUUCAACGUUUCUCAAGCUGUCCUGAAAUGCUCUGGUAUUUGGCUCAUUGUUGUUUCCUCUGUUGUGGUUCGUUACUUCCCACUCAAUGUUACCCGUGGCCCGGAAUGACAUCAAGAAGCCCAAAACAGCUCAAACCCAUUGGCUGUGAUUUUAGCGUUUAAACCCCAAAAACCAACCACAUAAUGAAAUAAUGUCCAUGUUGUUCUCCUCUGGCCUCUUAAAAGACUGCUUUAUUGUAGCUAUUUAUAGCAGAAGAAAUGUGACUCGUCGUUUUGCUGCUGUCGUGACUUGUUGUUUGAACCUGUCACACGGUAGAGUAAUUACUGUUUUGCGCUUGUAAGCAAAAGUCAUCAUAUUUGCCCCCUUCUCUCUCUCGUUUCUUUCUAUCCGUUCCGGCCUGGUUCUGCAUUAGUCUAGUGCGGUUUAUACUGUGCAUUCACACACAAUUUAUUUAACAGUGUGCAGGGCUGAAAAUUGUUCCGACUAUGUGGCCGUUUAGACUGCGUGUAACCUCCUUUAUUGUGAUAUUCUGGGCAGUUCAUGUCUCGAUAUAUAUCCUUUCCCCCCUCUAUAGUCUUAAUAAACGUAUUUUUUAAGCAUUUUAUUUGUUUUCCAAACACCCACUCUCCAGCCCCAAAUAUACAUUUCUGGCACAGAGUUUCUAAUAAAGCGAUUGCUUCAAACUCCAAAUACCAAGUUCAGCACUAACUUCCACUAACUUCAACUUCAAACGGUAUUAUAGAAUUCCCUUUGAAACCAAGUACUGAGAGCAUGAAAGUUAUAGCACUAUGUGAAUUCCUGAUGGACAUUAAUGGAAAGCCUUGCUGGUGUUGGUGGGAGGAAUUCAAAUGAAACAACCCACACAUCACAACCAUAAGUACCAAGGAGUCAGUGUUCCGGACAUGGGAAAAAAGUGACCGUUCUACCCCCAUUUACGAGCUAGUGAACAGCGAGGGUUGAUGGGGUUCAAUGAAUAAAGAGUUAAAAAAGAGCGCUAUAGGGCUGCAGAAAGGGGUACGGCCAGACUAGGAGGAGAAUGAAGAGGUUGCAUAACUGUAUAAGGGUUCACACAGAAAGCAUUGCCAAACCAAGUGCAGCUACAAACGCCUGUUAAAACUGGUUCUAUGCAAGAGAUGCAUUAAAGGUGGCAGUGGGACCCACGGGUUUCAACAUGUUGGAUUUCAAGUCUCAACAUGUUGCUGUUGUCUCUGGAUGUCAGGGCUUUACGGGAAACCUCAGACAAAUGACAUAAUCCAACUGAUUGUCCGAGCAUGUAGUGAUCGGCCGAGAAUGGAUCAUUGUUAAAGUAAUUUGAGACUACUUAUUGAUCUUAGGAAGCACUUAUCUGGUCACUAGGUCACUGAUCUUGGGGUUUGCAAUUAAUUUCACCUUGAGGCAUUAUGUGACAAAAGAUUUCCCCAUUGCCCUGUUUGUUAUAUUAGCUCCCAUGUACAAAACCGUGCAUACCUGCAAUAUUAAAAUACCAGAAACUUCCUUUCAUAGUGUCCAGGACACAUUCUUUGACUGAUAUUUUCCAAGAAAACAGAAAAACUCCACACCCAGUAGGAAAUGAAGGACUCUUUAGAUUCAAAUUAAGAUUUCUUCUCUUAUAACAAGAUCAUAGGAAUAACUUCAAUCUAGUUUGAUAACCAGUACUAUAUGUUAACCUUAAACUUUUGUAGGUCACCAGUUUACUCAAGUCUCUCUACAUCAUUGCAGUUUUUUAUUGUGUGUGUAUGUACAUGUGUGUGAGAGUGACUUAUAAUUAACCUCUUGGUUUGGUCUGUGGCAUUUUAAGGGAUGGUUCUAUAUUUAACGUGCUAUCAGGCAGUAAUGUGUGUGGGUCCUUCUCUCUCUCUCUGUCUCUCUCUGUCUCUCUGUCUCUCUGUUUUGGUUUAGGCUCCGCUGGUUCCUUAAGGCUGUGUAGUACUUCCAAACUGGUGGCUUUGCAGGCACUUUAUCAUUCCCUUUGCUCCCUGAAAUUAUAUCCAAUGAACCUUGUCAUUGCCACAAGAGCCCAGCAAGCCCCAGAAUCACAAACUCAUUAAAGUUUUUAUUUCCUUGUUUGUUAGAUGGCAUACUUGGUUCUGGGAUGUAGUAUUUUCGACCGCAGAGAGAUGUGGAUAUAUUGUGCAGAAGUUCAAGCACUAGAGAGAUAUGUUGUCCAGUGGUGUAUGUUUUAUAUGUGUUCUGACGAAAUGAAUGACCACAAGCCCUUUAAAGAUGGUCAAAGUGGAAGAGUUGUAUUACUGACCUCAUACAAAACUAUACACAACCAUACGCACACUGACAGACACUCACAGGCAUACACACAUAUCCAGUGACACUUGCAUGCACACACACACACAUGCAUUCACGCAAAUCCUUGCACACACUUUCACCCGCGCACACACUCACUUAGCCACUGUGGGCAGCAGAAACAUAGGGGGGCAUGUCCUAAGGCCAUAAUGGGUGUGCCUGUGGUAAAAGUGACAGUAUAAGACACAGGCAGGUACACUCCACUUUACCAGUCUUCUAGACAAUUUGAGUGCAUACUGUGUGUCCGUGUGGCUGUGUGUGUGAGACUUGUUGUUAAUGUCACAGUAAUUGUCAGUAAUCUGAAUACCAACAUCUAUCUAUAUCUGUUUGGUUUGAUUUGAUAUUUUUAGACUUUUAGAUUUUUAGGCUACUUUUGAAGACGAAGAGUGAGUGGUGUAGCUCGGUACGGUGGAAUAGAGUGCGUAGUACAGUGAUCAUACAGCUGUUAUACGCGACAGUGAGGGUGCAUGGGGUCCUGACUCAGCAUUGGUAGCAGCACACUUAGCAUCCUUGCUGGGUUGCCAAGGCAACCGGUUACAGUCACAAGUCUGGGAUCAUAUGUUCAUAGAAGAAUACCUGGAAGAAGAUGAUGAACCACCUUUGCUGCUCAGCUCUCGUCCUGCUCACAGUUUUAGACUGUGGUGGGACUGCAGCAGUGCAGUGUCGGUGGGGGGAGGCGUGUAUGUGUCUGCAGUGCCCUGCUGGCCAGCAACCAUCCAAGGCGUGUGGACAGGUCCAAGCACCAGCAACAGACGUGCAAUGCCAGGCUUGCCCACAGGGCACGUUUGCAGAUGCGCUCGACUCUGAACUCUGUCGCCCACAUGCAUCCUGUAUGGAGCUCAAGCGACAGGUGGCCACCCCUGGCAGCGCAGUAUCUGACACUGUCUGUGGAGGCUGUCUGCCUGGAUUCAACCCGUCUUCCGUAGAAAACGACGGCCCCUCAAAGCCGUGCGUGGAAGCCGGGCCGGCGGGGCACGUGAGGGCGGUCCGCACCGCGGGCAGCGGGCCGGCGAGCACAGGCGGCCGGCUGGCCAACGGCACGGCGGUGCGCGGCGCGGAGGAGAAGACGGCCGAGUACGCCGUGUUCGCCCUGGUGCCCGUCUUCUGCGUGAUGGGCCUGCUGGGCAUCCUCAUCUGCAACAUCCUGAAGAAGAAGGGCUACCGCUGCACCGCCGAGAAGGAGGGCGGGGACGAGGAGACGGCCACCCCAGAGAAAGAAGCCCAUGGCUGUCCAUACAUACCGGACGACCCCAACGAGGACACCAUCAGUGUCCUGGUACGCCUCAUCACUGAGAAGAAAGAAAAUGCUGCUGCACUUGAGGAACUUUUGCUGGAAUAUGAAACCAGUCAGAUGGCCAUGAACAAGAGCUCAUCAAUCAAGUUCCCCAAGCUCUCCCCUUUGGCUCAGUUCCGCUCCCUGCCCCGGCUGUGCCCCCACCAGUCCCACCUGCACACCAUCUCGGGCCUGUCCGGCCUGUUCCCAAGGCACGGCUACCGCUGCUCCCGCUGCGCCCAGAGGAAGUGGCCUGCCAUCCUGAUCCCCCCGCUGGAGGCUCUCAAAGACCACCCCCUGAAGCCCCCACAGAGCCUGAUCCUGCCCUACCUGGACGCGGGCGCCGACACCCAGAAGAGCCCCCUGCUGGGGGGAGUGUGCGCGGACGAGCCGAGGCCCCAGGCCGCCGUGCCAAAGGCGACACCGCAGAAGGUGGGGGAGAGCUUUGAGGGAGGCAAGGAGAAGAAGAAAGAGGGAGAGCCCACGGUGCUCUCUGUGGGAAGAUUUCAAGUGGCCCAGAUUACAGAGAACAGACCUGUCACCGUGGAAACCAAGGCAUCCACUCAGGAGCAACGGAACUCUCUUUUUGGCGGGAAUCCCUUCUCCUCACUCUCAGGAGUCUCAAGGAGGUGAACAGAGGGAUGCUGUACCCAAACGCUACCUCACUGAGGAUAACCUCACGAUCAAUGGACAACUUGAAGGGACUCGAGUCCAUUAAGGUCAACACUAAACCAAGUCACUGAAAGGAGAGACCUAAAUCCUCCUCAGCGUUCAUUUGACUGACCCUGGUUCGCCUUGGGAAAUGAUAUCAUACCAUAACACAAAUCUAUUUGACUCUUUUUCUAAUAGAGUUUGGUUAUUUUCUUACACAAUCAUGGAACCACCGGAAGGCUUGCUGGGCACCUGCCGUUCUGUUGCUUUAUAAAUUAUUAUAAUUUAUUAUAAUCAUUUUAUAAACCCAUUUUGAUGGGAAGGUGGGUUGAAUAAGUGGCCAUCUUGAAAUGGCCGUCAGUGCAACAUUGUGAUUAGUUAGUCAUCUUUAACCCAUACAGGAGGAAAGGACGGGGAUGAUUGCAAGGCAUGUAGAGGUUUACUCGGGGGAUGUCUUAAUGUAUCGGUUCUUCCAAGUGAAAAAUGUAAACCACAUACACAAAUUGUAGCCCUCGCUCAUGCCCACUUCAGGUCACUCUCACACACGCACAUACACACACACACAUACACACUAACACACACACACACACACACACAUCUAUGCAUAUUCUCAAACACGUUUAGUUAGUUUUUGUAAUAUGUAAUAUGUAAUAUAGAUACUAUUCCCUGUGGGAGUCUAGAGGUUGUAAAUAGUACAAGAGUACAAAUAAGUACCAAUCAUGAAAUGCAAGCCAAAUUUAAAAGUUUUUUUUGUACAUAAACAACACAAUCAGUAAUGAUCAGUAAAUACAUUUUAGCCAUUUUUGAAGGAUCUUGGGGAGCUAUUUUCCAAAUAGCUCCUCAAGAUCCUUAUUCUUAAAUUAAUUUUCCAUGGAAGAUUUUAAAACAAAGAGCUUGUUAAAUAUUGAGCUCACUCAAAACUAUCCAUGAAGACAGCCGAAGAGACAUUUUGGUUACCGUAAUUGAUACACAUGUAAACAGUGUUAGUGAUUAUUUAUUGAUUUUACUCAUUCACAUUUUGUUUAGCAGUGUUUCUAGCUAACAUCGCUGAACUGAAGUUGCUUUCCUUAAGUCUUUACACAGGUUAAAACUUCUUGAGCCUGGACAUUUUUAUUUGAGAUAUUGUAUGAAAACCAUCAUGUUGGCAUAGGAAUAUGUAAAUAUGUGAACACAUGUACAUAUGGACGGUCUGGAGCAGGUUUGAGUCUUUAGCCCUCUUAUUCAUUACAGUUGUGGCACUUGAUUGAAUUGAUUCAUGAAAAACAUUUUUUGGAUGAUUCAAUGGCUUAAAACGUCAAAGCGUAUAUUAAAUCCAAUCAUGCUCCUGCUCCUUUUUUUUUACUGUCUAGAAACAAAACACUAGAUUUCAGGCAUAAUAGAUUCAGUUGUGGGACAUUCUCUUAUGGGAUGCUGGCCUAUUGCAUUUUUACAGGACAGUACUAAGUAUUAAAAUAUAUAUUUUAGUAUUUUUGCUGGGGAGAGGGGGUAUUGGCAAAUAAGCGAACACACAUUUCAAUGUUUGUUUUUUUAAACCAGUGAUUAUUAUGAUUAUGAUCAUUUUUCAGAAUAAUAGUAAUCCGUAUUGUUACAAGCUUUCAUGCUGUAAAAAGGAUUGGAAACGUAGUAAAUACUUAAAUAAACAAGAGGUUUAUUUUCAUUG